UGCGCAGCGCCCCCGUCAGCGCAGGGGGCGGGGCGCCUAUAUUACGUGCGCGGCGCCGCCCCUGCGAGAGGACGUUGCGUGCUCGCUCGCGCCAGGCGAGUCUCCGCGUCUCCCUCGCGAACUCGGUGAAAGGAAUUGGCGCCGUUCGACACCAGGCGGAUCCGCUCUGCAGCACGAACUCAUCUCCAGCCGCAGCCGCAGCCGCCGCCCGGGCCGAGGAGCAGCCGCAGCAGCCGCCACCAGUGGCCGAGUGAGCGGAGCCGAGUUUGAGGCAGCGCCUAGCGGUGAAUCGGGGCCCUCACCAUGAGUUCCUCGCCUGUUAAUGUAAAAAAGCUGAAGGUGUCGGAGCUGAAAGAGGAGCUCAAGAAGCGACGCCUUUCUGACAAGGGUCUCAAGGCCGAGCUCAUGGAGCGACUCCAGGCCGCGCUGGACGACGAGGAGGCCGGGGGCCGCCCCGCCAUGGAGCCCGGGAACGGCAGCCUAGACCUGGGCGGGGAUUCCGCUGGGCGCUCGGGAGCAGGCCUCGAGCAGGAGGCCGCGGCCGGCGGCGAUGAAGAGGAGGAGGAAGAGGAAGAGGAGGAGGAAGGAAUCUCCGCCCUGGACGGCGACCAGAUGGAGCUAGGAGAGGAGAACGGGGCCGCGGGGGCGGCCGACUCGGGGCCGAUGGAGGAGGAGGAGGCCGCCUCGGAAGACGAGAACGGCGACGAUCAGGGUUUCCAGGAAGGGGAAGAUGAGCUCGGGGACGAAGAGGAAGGCGCGGGCGACGAGAACGGGCACGGAGAGCAGCAGCCUCAACCGCCGGCGACGCAGCAGCAACAGCCCCAACAGCAGCGCGGGGCCGCCAAGGAGGCCGCGGGGAAGAGCAGCGGCCCCACCUCGCUGUUCGCGGUGACGGUGGCGCCGCCCGGGGCGAGGCAGGGCCAGCAGCAGGCGGGAGGGGACGGCAAAACAGAACAGAAAGGCGGAGAUAAAAAGAGGGGUGUUAAAAGACCACGAGAAGAUCAUGGCCGUGGAUAUUUUGAGUACAUUGAAGAGAACAAGUAUAGCAGAGCCAAAUCUCCUCAGCCACCUGUUGAAGAAGAAGAUGAACACUUCGAUGACACAGUGGUUUGUCUUGAUACUUAUAAUUGUGAUCUACAUUUUAAAAUAUCAAGAGAUCGUCUCAGUGCUUCUUCCCUUACAAUGGAGAGUUUCGCUUUUCUUUGGGCUGGAGGAAGAGCAUCCUAUGGUGUGUCAAAAGGCAAAGUGUGUUUUGAGAUGAAGGUUACAGAGAAGAUCCCAGUAAGGCAUUUAUAUACAAAAGAUAUUGACAUACAUGAAGUUCGUAUUGGCUGGUCACUAACUACAAGUGGCAUGUUACUUGGUGAAGAAGAAUUUUCUUACGGGUAUUCUCUAAAAGGAAUAAAAACAUGCAACUGUGAGACUGAAGAUUAUGGAGAAAAGUUUGAUGAAAAUGAUGUGAUUACAUGUUUUGCUAACUUUGAAAGUGAUGAAGUAGAACUCUCCUAUGCUAAGAAUGGACAAGAUCUUGGCAUUGCCUUCAAAAUCAGUAAGGAAGUUCUUGCUGGACGGCCACUCUUCCCGCACGUUCUCUGUCACAACUGUGCAGUUGAAUUUAAUUUUGGUCAGAAGGAAAAGCCAUAUUUUCCAAUAUCUGAAGAGUAUACUUUUAUCCAGAAUGUCCCCUUAGAGGAUCGAGUUAGGGGACCAAAGGGGCCUGAAGAGAAGAAGGAUUGUGAAGUUGUGAUGAUGAUUGGCUUGCCAGGAGCUGGAAAAACUACCUGGGUUACUAAGCAUGCAGCAGAAAAUCCAGGGAAAUACAACAUUCUUGGCACAAAUACUAUUAUGGAUAAAAUGAUGGUGGCAGGUUUUAAGAAGCAAAUGGCAGAUACUGGAAAACUGAACACACUGUUGCAGAGAGCCCCGCAGUGUCUUGGGAAAUUUAUUGAGAUUGCUGCCCGAAAGAAGCGAAAUUUUAUUCUGGAUCAGACCAAUGUGUCUGCUGCUGCCCAGAGGAGAAAAAUGUGCCUGUUUGCAGGCUUCCAGCGAAAAGCUGUUGUAGUUUGCCCAAAAGAUGAAGACUAUAAGCAAAGAACACAGAAGAAAGCAGAAGUAGAGGGGAAAGACCUACCAGAACAUGCGGUCCUCAAAAUGAAAGGAAACUUUACCCUCCCAGAGGUAGCUGAGUGCUUUGAUGAAAUAACCUAUGUUGAACUUCAGAAGGAAGAAGCCCAAAAACUUUUGGAGCAAUAUAAGGAAGAGAGCAAAAAGGCUCUUCCACCAGAAAAGAAACAGAACACUGGCUCAAAGAAAAGCAAUAAAAAUAAGAGUGGCAAGAACCAGUUUAACAGAGGUGGUGGCCAUAGAGGACGUGGAGGAUUCAAUAUGCGUGGUGGAAAUUUCAGAGGAGGAGCCCCUGGGAAUCGUGGUGGAUAUAAUAGGAGGGGCAACAUGCCACAGAGAGGUGGUGGCGGCGGAGGAAGUGGUGGAAUCGGCUAUCCGUACCCUCGUGCCCCUGUUUUUCCUGGCCGUGGUAGUUACUCAAACAGAGGGAACUACAACAGAGGUGGAAUGCCCAACAGAGGGAACUACAACCAGAACUUCAGAGGACGAGGAAACAAUCGUGGCUACAAAAACCAAUCUCAGGGCUACAACCAGUGGCAGCAGGGUCAAUUCUGGGGUCAGAAGCCAUGGAGUCAGCAUUAUCACCAAGGAUAUUAUUGAAUACCCAAAUAAAACGAACUGAUACAUAUUUCUCCAAAACCUUCACAAGAAGUCGACUGUUUUCUUUAGUAGGCUAACUUUUUAAACAUUCCACAAGAGGAAGUGCCUGCGGGUUCCUUUUUUAGAAGCUUUGUGGGUUGAUUUUUUUUCUUUUCUUUUUUGUACAUUUUUAAUUGCAGUUUAAAAGUGAAUCGUAAGAGAACCUCAGCAUUGUGCACGAUAAGAGAAUGUGUCAGUAUUUCAGGGUUCUACAUUUUAUCUGUAAAAUGUGACUUUUUUUUUUUUUAUCACAACAGAAGUAAAAUGUUGCUUUGUACCUGGUGUCUUUUAUUAAGAAUUUACUCCCCCCAUUUCUCACAGAGAAUAACAGUCGGGAGUCAUUGUCACAAUAUAAUAGAAAUGUUAGCAACCAGAUUCAUGUAAGGACUAAGUGGUCCUCAUGAAUUGCAUUAAGACUCUGUACUGCUCAUAUUACACUCCAUCCUCUCUGUAGUUUGCUGGGUAGUGGAGGGGGUAAGCUAAAUCGUAGUUUCUGACAAUAACUGGGAAGGUUUUUUCUUAAAUAACAAUGGAAUUGGUAUAAUUGGGAUUGAAAACUAAAACUUGGAACUAAGAUAGAGAAGAUGGAGUGUAUGUAGAAGGGCUGUUAAAAAUGUAAAACUUGGUUGCAUUAUUUGUGGAGGCUCAAACUUGUGAAGGUUAAAUACCAUAAUUUUUCCAUUUGUUCUGCAUUUUGAUUCUGAAAAGAAAGCUGGCUUUGCCCAUUUCUUAUUAAAAAAACUUGUUGUAAAUCCAGUUGUCUAAUGGGAUCUAUAUGAAGUUAGCCAUGUCUGUAUGCCCUUCUCCCACAAAAUACUGUAUAACUAGUGUGCUUGUAGUAGUUAACUCCACCAUCUUUGUAAGCUAAUGAAAUUGUGAGUCACCCAUUUAUAUCUUAAUUUUUAAUCAUGUCAGUUCUUGAAUGGGUAUCUCCUUAGCCUGCUGAUUUCUUUUUCUUUCUAAAGAAAGUGGGUGGAGAAAUUAAUUUAGACGUUUGUUUGCAAUAAAAAGAAUUCAUUUUACUCUU